AAAGUGGGAAAUAGGGAUCCAUGGAGAUGUGGAAUAUUUUGACGUUGGGUGUGGGGUUGUGCUUGGCGGUGGUGUGGGGAUGGAGGGUUGUGAACUGGAUUUGGGUGAGGCCCAAGCAGCUGGAGAAGAGGCUCACGCAGCAGGGCCUCGCCGGAAAUUCCUACCGCCUUCUCUUUGGAGAUUCCAACGAUAUUGCGGCAGCGAUGCGGCGGGCGAGAUCCGGGCCGCCCAUGAGCUUCUCCCACGAUAUUGCUCCACGCGCCACCCCCUCCGCGCAUCUCACUAUCCAUAAAUAUGGUAAGGAUUGUUUCACAUGGUUUGGCACAACUCCAAGAGUGUAUAUAAGAGAUCCAGAACAGCUGAAGAUUGUUUUCUCUCAAAUCAAUGACAUUCGUAAGUCAUCUUCUUUCCCAGCCAAUAUUGUAAGGAGAAUGGGAAGUGGGCUUGUCACUCUGGAGGGACCUAAAUGGRCUAAACAUAGAAAGAUCAUCAACCCUGCAUUUCACAUGGAGAAGUUGAAGGAUAUGUUUCCAGCGUUCUCCCAGAGUUGUAGCGAGAUGAUUAGCAAAUGGGAAACAAUGGUUCUUAAAGAUGGGUCUUGUGAACUAGACGUGUGGCCUGAUUUACAAAAUAUGACYGCAGAUGUGAUAUCUCGAACUGCAUUUGGGAGUAGCUACGAGGAAGGAAAAAAGAUAUUCCAACUCUUGAAAGAGUGGGCUGUGCUACUAAUGACACGCCUAACCAAUCGAGUCUAUUAUAUUCCGGGAUGGAGCUUUUUACCAACCAAGUUAAACAAGAGGACGGAAGAGAUUGAUAAGAAAAUUCGAGACAUGGUUUUGGGUAUUAUAAGUAAACGACAAAGUGCUAUGAAGGCAGAUGAAGCUUCCAAUGAUGAUCUGCUAGGCAUCCUUUUAGAAUCAAAUGCAAGUCAAAUUCAGGAAAAUGGAAACAGGAAAGAUGUUGGAAUGAGUAUCCAAGAUGUUAUCAGUGAAUGCAGGCUUUUCUAUUUUGCUGGCCAAGAAACCACAGCAGCAUUGCUUGUUUGGACAAUGGUCUUACUUGGUCAUCACUCGGAAUGGCAAGACCGAGCAAGAGCAGAAGUCCUAGAAGUCUUCAGCGAUAACAACAAAUUGGAUUUUGAUGGUUUAAGUCGCCUUAAAAUUGUAACUAUGAUAUUGAACGAGGUUCUCCGACUAUACCCUCCAGUUGGUAUGCUAGCUAGAGAGAUUCACACGGAAACAAAAUUGGGAAAUCUGACAUUACCCGUUGGAGCAUCAAUAGGCAUACCAAUUGUAUACAUUCACCAAGAUCCCAAAAUAUGGGGUGAAGAUGCAGGUGAGUUCAAACCAGAGAGGUUUUCAGAGGGAAUUUCCAAAGCAACAAAGAAUCAAGUAUGCUUCAUCCCUUUUGGAUGGGGUCCUCGAAUCUGUCUCGGCCAAAACUUUGCUAUGAUMGAAGCAAAAAUAGCGUUAUYRAUGAUUUUGCGACGAUUCUCUUUUGAACUUUCUCCAAGUUAUACUCAUGCUCCUGUAUCAAACAUCACUAUUCAACCACAACAUGGGGCUCAUCUCAUUCUUCACAGGCUAUCAUAGUUYUCCAAAGGGUUGUAAGUUGUAACAAUUAUCUUUAGCUUUUUUCCUGUUGUGUAAACAUGACCAUAAAGAAAGACUUAUAAUUUUACUAGUAAUUUCUCCAUUACAAAUUGGAAUAAUGUGAUUUAGAAAGCUCCARUUAUAAUAUUGCAAAUACAAGUUAAUUAGUUGUA